AGUUUAAUACAAAAUGUUGUACUCUGCAACUUAUGCGUUUGUUCUUUUGUUUCUAAUAAACGGUGUCAAUGUUUCUUUGGCUGCAGAACCAGUAUGUUCAAAAUUUGUUUACGAAGAACAACUUUUGGAAAAAAUGGUUCGAACGGAGUUUAAGGUUGAAACAAUGGAAAGUGAAAUAAAGAAAACCCAGUUUUCUGUCUUGAAUACUUUAAACGAAAUAAAGAAGAAAGAUGCCGAUAUCACCGACCGAUUUGAAGACUUGAGAAACAAUAUCACGGAAGAGAUGGUUGCAAAUGCUAAGGAUACAGAGAAAAAGGAGGAAUUCUUCAAGGCUUUAUUCGAAGAACUACGAAAGAAUUUAACGAACGACAUGGAAAAUCAAAGGAACGCUCUUACUGAACUCAAAGGGGAGAUGGUACGGCCUUCCGUUGCAUUUUAUGCACACCAUGUCACAGAUACUAACCUUGAUGUGAAGGACGAGGUCAUCGUAUUUGAUAAUACCAUAACGAAUGAAGGGUCUGGAUACGACGCAUCAACAGGUAUCUUCACAGCACCUGCAGGAGGACUUUAUCAAUUUAAUAUCCAUGUGUGUACGUAUGUUGGAAAAUAUAGUUUCGUUGGCUUGGUGUUGGCAGGUCAAGUUGUUGCGAAAACAUCAAAUUACGACAAAGAUUACUACACUUGUCAUUCGGUAGGAGCAAUAGUGAGAGUGAAAUCAGGAGAAGAGAUAUGGGUAAAAUGCACCUCGGCAAGUUCUACUCGCAAGUUACUUGAAGACGGUUUGAGAAUGAACACUUUCAGUGGAGUUCUGCUUUAUAAAUGAAUUAGAAAACUCACUUAAUAUUCUUUAUAUUUGGUAGCAGUAUCAAACUACCACAGACUAUCAUUUCGUAUGAAUAUUUGAAUGAUCUGACAUUUAUUAUUUUAUCAAAGUUUCAGAUAUGACAUACUUGACACAGUAUCAGUAUCGAAUCAGGAAAUUACGCAAGAAUGUUUUCUUAUUAUGUACAGAUAAUAUUUCCGUCACGGUGAAAAUAAAUCUAUUUAUUUAAAUGCAUACAGUAUUACAGAUAUGUAGGCUACAAUGUCAAAUUAUUUCGAGCGCUAAAGAUAUUAUGUCAUGCGCUCGACAUAAGAUAUCGAGAUAUCAAGAUUAUACAUGUAUGUCAUGUGCUCAAGAAAAGAAGUCUCCUCGAGCACAUGAUAGCUUAACUCGAGGGCACAUCUUAUCUAGGCACUAUAACGUUCGACAUCAAUUCUCGAGCGUAUGGCAUACAAUGUCGGGCGCUCAGGAUAUUUUGAUCUGACAAUAUAAAAAUUGUGUGUCCUAAAUUUACCAUAGUAGAUAUUACAUAACCUUUAAGCGACUGAAUAUCGAAAACCAAACUGCAUUCGGAAAUACACUGGUUAACACGUGUUUUUUAUAUUAGUUGCACUUCAGGAAUUCUAAAAGUUUUCUGUUAAAGUGUAGAAUGAUUUUAUUACUCCAUCCGGCAAAUUUUAGUAAAUGUGCGUAAUGUACCUUUUACAUUCUGUUGCAGUAGAUUGAUAAAAGUGCACACACUAUUGUGGUUGACGUUGUUUUUUGCGACUGUUUUUAAAGAACAUGGCAUUCCCUUGUAUAUUCGUCCUUGUUAAACUUUCCCCUUCGGGUUCCUCCACCCCCACCAAACACCCCCACCCCUCACCCCCGCCCACCACCUCGACCCCAUUUCGCCCUUUACCAUUUCCUUCCCCUCCAUCAAUAUUUAGCAUAAAUUAGUAUGUACUUGUUGGAUGUUUGAAGCAACCCGUCUGAAAUAUUUUUCAAUUACAGAUUUUUUUGUUGUGGGUCUAUUAUGCAAAUGCGUGACUCUGGGGCUGUGUUUUUUGUCCUCUGUGCUUUCGAGAAAUCUACCCUUACCUAUUAUUUUUGGUUUCCCAUUUUAACAUUUACAUUGUAUUUUAACCUGUCUAUAAAGACCACCUCCCAAUAAAGACUACAUUUUGGCUCUCCCAAGGGUGUUCUUUAUAGACAGGUUUUACUGUAUAUGCUCUAUUACGUGAACAUAGUGAUUUGUAAAUAUGGUAUAUUAAAUAGCAGUUAUGGUGAUACAAACAAACUUACUACAACUAGUUUAGUGAAUCUUUUUUUGUGGAAACUGAAACAGAAAGCGAUUAAUUUGAUUAAACGCAUAUUUCUAUACAAUGCCAUUCAAUAGCAUUGUACAUUUAAUUUAACAAUUCUUAAAAUAUUCAUAAUGAAAUGUAAAAACUCGCAUAAAAUUCAAAACUAAUACUGUACACUGCGGAUUAAAUACAGCUAUCACGACAAAAUUGCAAUAAAACUUAUGUGGUUAGUCUUUAUAUAAUUUCUUUUAAUGUUCCUUUGCUGAACUUUAACCAAGGAUGACUGUCCCGAUUAUUAAAAUUUAUUGCCACCAUGUAGUGGGAUUUUAAGUGUACAGAGCACAUGUUGAAAAUCAUCUUGUCUAAAACUGUCGAUUUCAAAUGAAUUUGGUACAAUCGUUGCUUGGAUGACCCUCUACCAAAAUAGUUAAAUUAAAACAACAUGUUCAAGCUGUUAAACCUAGCUGAGCGAUCUACAGCCACCAUAGCCCUCUUAAUAUAAUAACCUUUAGUAAGUGCACUGUGAUGUUAAAAUGUACUGAAAUGCUCUAGAAGUUUUACCUUUCAUUUAUCCUUCAUUCUUUUACCCGGAUUGUUUACUUUCGUUUUGCAGCUUUUACUGGCGACAACGCAUGAAGCCGGCUGUUGUCUUAGGUUAUAUUCUUAAGACAACAACCAAACAUUACGUAUUGUACCAGCAUUUUUAUCUAUCCUUCUUUUUUGAAGCCGUUCUCCGUGACAUAACUUUGUCAAAGUUUGUAUGUGUAUCCGGUUUCACGACUUAUGUCAGCAAUGUUUUUUUCCUUCAUUUUAAUUUCCAGAUGUUAAAUUUCAUUUUCACAUUGUGUAGCAAUCUUUUUUAAGGAAAUCUGCCAAGUAAUUCCAUGAAUUUGAUAAUGUGUUGUGUUUUUUUUUUGUUUUUUUUUUUGUUGUUGUUGUUUUUUGUUGUUGUUGUUUGUUUUUUUUUUCAUCGAGUGCACUUAUUAGUUACAAGGUCAUCCGCCAUCUUGGUGAAUAGCUGCUUGUUACUAAGAAGCUUUUUACAUCAUAAGUUUUAUAUUGUAGUCUUCUCUUUGUCUUUUAAAUAUUUCAGAUCUUUUUGAAUCAUUCAGUCCGCUAGAGCCAUUUGAAUUUUUCCCCACAGUUUUUGUGUGGAGCGUUCGUGGUGAAUUCACCAUUUUUAUUCGAUGAAACACCGCUGUGAAUUCACCUUUUUUUAGGUGAAUUCACAAUUUGGCCGAUGAAUUCACCACUCUACACUUUAAGAAAGAGAUAAUCGGGGACAGUAUAUAAGGGCUGUUCGCCGUCAUUCUGGCGCUCCAACACCAAAGUUUCGGCUGUACACUGCGUUUGGCAUUUAUCUAGAAUUAUUAAAUACUAUAGUAUUCUACCACAUUCAAAAUUAGAAAGGUGUGCAUUAUUCUUUUAACUUUAGAUUUCUUAGAAAGUCCUUUUUUGAAUCUAUUGCUGUGUAAGAAAAGACUUUAAUAAUAACUUAUGGUAUGCUUAUCAUGGGAAACUGACAAAUUCGCAAAUUCUUGUUGUAGCUUCGCGACUGUAACCGUCCGUAACCGUGCUUUUUGUAUGCUUUGAAAUAUUACAUACAUAUAGAGCUUGUGAACUCUGCAUUGAAA